GCCGGGGCGUCGCGUGGCCAUUUCCUCCCGAUCUAUGCGUCUUCCCCUGCGUGUUUAGGGUUUCAUCGUUCCCCGCGAGAUCGAAGGGAUCUCCGGCCGGUACAGGUUGUCCUGCAGUGUUUCGUCUCCCGCUCAGAUCUCUUGGUUGCUUUCUGCACUUUUGGUAUUCGUGAGCCUCUGAUCGGAUACAACUGUCAGGGCUUUUGAGGCCGAUCGAUCGCGUGUCUUUGGUGUAUCGGGGAUGGCGUCGAAUGGGGAAGAAGAUCGAUCGAGGGCCGACGGUUCUCAUCUCGAGAACAAGACGACGGAAGAAGGAGAUCGUUUUACUGGGACAUCUUCUGGCGAGUCGAGUGCCGACUUGAAUGAUACGGGUGGAUCUCCUGGAGAAGAUGCUUGUGGAUCGUACUUGGCUCCUUGUUCUCACGCAGUUUCAGAAAAUCUAUCAUCAUCGUCAUCGUCUUCUUCUUCUGGCGUGAGUCCCAGGAUAGGGUUUUCAGCUUCUUCCUCAGCAUCUUCUGCCGUGGGAAGUGCUUCCAGUUCAGGGGCUUAUAGAGACCUUAGCCUUGCGGAGAGGCUGGCAAAUAUUCUUGGCAAUUCUGGUGAAGGAGAUUUGUUGUUUCGGCUGGACAGCGCUGGACGCAAGAUACUGCAGUGGCUCCAAGCUUUGGAUCAGCAGACAAUAGGUGGUUGUCGAGCAGAUGAGAGGCUGAAGCCAUUGUUUAAGCUGAAUGUUUCUGGUGGGGUGGUGGAGGAUCGCCUCCUUGCUCAUCUGAGACAGCAUUUUGAGGUUUCAGAGGUUAAUAAGCUGGCUCGGUGUUUGUGUGUUCCUUUGGCAUCCGUUCGUGUUGGAAAAGUUAUUAAGCAAGGGCCUUUAUUAUGCCCAACGGCUACAAGGGGGCAUUUGAAGCUGACCCUCUUGCCUUCUUCUGAUUUUCGCCUUUCAUUUGUUGGAGAUGAUGGCUGUGAGGAGAGGCUAGCAUUAUUCAGCUCGUAUGAUGAGAGCUUCAAGAUAACAAUCGAUUUAAUUUCUGCUGAUGCAUCCGGCAGGUCAUUCUUGGUCCAGGUUCUAAACAAAGCUGUGUUGUAUUACUGGCUAUCAGAGAAAUCAAUGACUGUUGGAACUGAGCUACUUGAGAAGAUGAAGGAUCUGGUGGAACAAAAACCUUCUCUAUCUCAGCUUACUGGGAUCAGUGAGUUAAGACUGGAGUCCCUUGGCGAUUAUGUGCGUUCAUAUCUCCUUCAGUCUGCAACCACUGUGCAUGCAAUUCCUGUUACAAAUUCCUCAACCGCAAACACAUCAGCCUCUUUGUGCCAAGGCGAGAAUAUUCUACCAUCUGUGAGGCAAUCGGCUCGCUCUAGACUUGUCGUUUCUCAGUCUUCAAAGAUGCAUUCACUCCAUCAAGGGAGUUUAAGCCCAAGAACUAGUGCAUUCAAGGAAGGACUGUCCAGGACCAUAUCCUUGUCCAGAUUGGGUUGUACUUUUAAGGAUAAGUUAAGGCGAAGACCAGAAGGCCAGCAUAACCUCUUGGGUAAUGAUGCUCACCUGGUGUCAUCUGGUCUCCCGUUGGAUUGUGUGCGGACUCGUGCUUCUGAUGUUGAAAAUGAAAAUGGUAACAACAAAGACAGCAUUGGGAAUGCGACAACCUGCAAUAAUCACUGUUUGCCGAUGCUCAAUCUCCCAGGGAAGUUGCAGAUGUCAGAUUCAUUGCGCUCAUCUGUGAUGUCAUUGGACCCAUUGCCGGAUCUCCUUUCUUUGCCUGAUAUCCGCCCCUUGAAUUCAUUCUCUCCUUGCUACUGCUGGUGUCCCCCACUCCCAUCUACCCUUCAAUUCACUGCCGUACCACCUCCUCUACCAUCCAUGGCCACUGAUUCUUCCGAGUCACCCUUGUCAUCCAUUUUGUCUUCUGGGAACUCAAGUGCACUUAUGCCAUCCAAUGGCGCCCUAGACAUAGGGAAGAAGUCAGAAUUUCCAGACUUCUUUUCAGACCCACUCGUUCGGAUGCCACUUCCUGUUUCCUCAUUCAUUCCUUUGCCAUGUUCGCAGCAAAUACCUUCAUUUACAUCAUUCAUUUCUGAUCCGAUCGUGCACAUUCCAGUUAUUGACGUCUGCUCUUCUGGUCAAGUCUACCUUGUAAGUGCAGGGCCAUCAAUACCAACAACCAUUUCUCCACUGCUUCCCAACCUUGUUAAUAAACUCAUUCCAGAUGCUGAAUCUGAAGUGGAGAAGGGCGCUAGAGAAACUUUGAGGAUGCUCAUCAGUUCAUCGCAGACUGUACCAGACUUCUUGGCAGGCGUUGAUGAGAAUCUUUUGCUCAUUCAUGACAAGAAACAGGGAGCAAUGGUUGGUGGAAGCCGGGGAAUCUACAGUGGUUUCUCUAACGUGGACGUGUCGGUAUGUGGUACUUCUGAUAGAUGUAAUGGCUUGCUUCCAGAAGCAACUGGUAAUGAUGGGUGUGCGAAUAAGGAAUCAAGAAAGCUUCAAGAUGAAGUGGAGCAUUGUAAUGAUGGCGGGGAGCCUAUGGUCUCCGAGGCCCGGGGUGAAGAAAGAUUGUGAUGAAGCAUUUGGUAGUAGUCUUCAAUUGUUUUUGUAUCAUAUAGUAAUUGUCUGCUCUAUUUAGUCAUUGCUGCGAGAAAUGUAGAUAUAUGCAGCCUUUGACUCUAAGACAGAGCACGGCAUUGUGCAUCCCUGCUAUGGUGGUCAUGGUUUCCGUGUGAAUCAUUGGAGAUCAGCAGAUUUUUGCUUGCUGCUAUUCUUUGUAAGAAAAGCAUUGUAUAUUUGUGUAAGCUGGUAUAUAGUGUAUUUUCUAGGGAUUUCCUAGGCCUAGA